CUGCCGACUACGAAUCUUUUUAUAUGCAACAAAUAUUUUUGUAACACAAAAUUAAAUUCAAAAGGCGGAAACACACGCUGAUUACUCUUUCUAACGUUGAAAGUGCUCGGCUUCCGCGAAUUGACGACGAGUGCGAAUUCAGCGACCUUUGCCUUUCCUCGCCCGGACUUAAAUCUUGUGACACUGAGUCAGUAGCCAGGAAAAAAACACAAACCAAAGGGGCACGCGACUUCUGUUAAUUCAAAUUACAAGAGUGCAGGUGUGGAACCAUCAAGCCUUUCCCCUACAUCGUCAUGCCCGACGGACUUAUAACCAACAGGCAAAUUCAAAAUGCUAACACAGGGAUUGAUCUCUUUGUCCCAAUGUACCAAGAGAUCCGUGGCAACAUGAUGACUGGCCAUGUUGAAUAUCAAAUUGUGGUUGUUACUCGACUUUCAGCUUUCAAGUCUGCAAAACAUAAGCCUGAAGAUGUGAUUCAGCUAGUGGUCUCCAAAAAGUACAGUGAAAUUGAUGAAUUCUACAACAGGUUAUCAGCAAAUGACCAUGGGGUAUCCCUUCCACCCAUGCCUAGGAAAGCUCUAUUUGUGGGAGAGGAAGAUAUAAAAGACCGUCGAGCUGCUUUUGAUGAGAUAAUGAGGUUUGUGUCUAAGCAGCCCACUCUUGCAAGAAGCCAGGAGCUUUUAGAAUUUCUUGGAGCAAAGACAACAGAUGUUGUUGACUUUAGGACGACAAAUAAACCAGAGCAGGAGGAAAGCGAAUCUUGUGACUUCUUUAUUAAAGAUGAAAUUCCAACUUCAAAGUACACACAACUUGUAACAGCAGAAAAAACAGCAGAAGAGGAGACAGAAGAAAUUCUGGACCCUUUGGGCAUUAUAAGGUCAAAAAAAACCAAGAAAUCAGCUAAUGGAGAUAAAAAAGUGAAACCCCAGUUGUUAUUAUUUGAUGAAGAGGUGGACCCUGAUGAAGACUUAUUUGAACCAGCAAAGAAACAUUCUUCUGGAAAGUCUGCAUUUGUAAAACAUAGUGAUAUAAAACUAUUUGAAGACCCUGAUCUCGGAGGGACUGUGAAGCUUGGCGAUUCACUUUUACUCCCAAGUGCUUGUACAGUUGUAAAUACUAAUUUAACCAUGGAGUUCAGUGAGGAAACCGAAGAACUUUUCAGGGUAGAUGACUUUGAUAAACUGCUUACAUUAAGCACAUCUACAAAGCCUAAACCAAAACCAGCACUUAAGCCGAAACCAACUUUGCUUAAAACAACACCUGGGUUAUCUAAGAGUGGUGCCAAUGCAGCCUCGGUUCUGACACCACAAGUGAAUGAAAAGAAAGCAGACGACAUGAAUGAAAUGGACAUUUUGAAGUACAUUCAACAGAAUGAGUCUGUGAGCGAUGACUCUUUGGAUUUGUUUUAAUAAUGAUUAAAUCAAUAGGAAAAUCAAGCUGUGAGAUGAAAAAAUAUUCUUGGAAUAAUAUAACUACUCAUAGCAAUAUAAAAAAAUAACCUUAAAAUUAUGUCAAAUUAAUUUGAGGUCCUUCAUGUGUUUUUGUUCUUCUCAGCUUUCUGAGAACCAAGUCACUAAUGUUUUAAUAUUGUUACUGUUAAUAUGAAAACAAAUCUCUUUACACAUUCUCAUUUAGGAUGAUUUAAAAUAUUACUGAUGUUUACAGGAUUAUCUUUUUUUAAUAUUUUUUAAUAUAUUUUUUUUUUUUAAUAUUUUUUUUUUAUAUUUUUUUUUAAUCCUUGGUAGAUCUCUACUAACAUAAACUCAGGAACUAAACAUAAAUGAAGGGCUUUUAUUUACUAGUACAAUAAAAAUUAGCUUUUUUGCAGUCCUGUAUUUUCACAGAUAAAUCGCCAUUAUUUGAAUGUCUGUGCUUAUUAAAUGUAUCUUUAAACAUGCAAGUUAUUUACAGCCUAAGUGAAGUACUGAAAAAUGUGAUAAUUUGAAUGUCUAGUACUAUAGGUAUUAAAAUUCCCAUCAUUAUGCAUUUAUUUAUUUCGUAAUUCAACAAAGAUUGAAGAAAAUAUAGACAUUCCUUACUUUAUAAAAACAAUGCACAUGAAAAACACAUUUGUGUAAAUUCAUUCUUCCAGAGUUUCAUUGUGCUAGCUUUUGUG